AGGAAGAAAACCGUAGGAACCGGAAAUUGCGAACUGCACCAGGUCUUUAAUCCGCUAGAACUAGAGUAUGUGUUUGGCGCCACUAGCCUCUGCUGUCACUUGUGAGCGGUGAAUGCAAAUUUCAGUUCUCAACAACGCACUGAACGAAGAAAGUGCGUAUUAUCACCGUGACCUAACAAUGGCGGAGACGAACCAUCAUAUGGACAUCGACAGCGACGACCACACUUACACCGCGAGGCCCGACAAAGCUAAAAGUGUCGUCGUCGCCAGCAACCCUCCCGCCGCCGGCAAGGCCAUUCCGUGGGUCGAAAAAUAUCGCCCUCUGUCCCUCGACGACGUCGCCGCUCAUCGUGACAUUGUCGAUACCAUUGAUCGGCUGACCACUGAGAACAGAUUGCCCCAUCUUCUGUUGUAUGGCCCUCCUGGCACGGGCAAAACAUCAACGAUUCUCGCUGUGGCACGCAAACUAUAUGGUUCACAGUACCAAAAUAUGAUUUUGGAGCUCAAUGCAUCAGAUGAUAGAGGAAUUGAUGUCGUGCGACAGCAGAUUCAAGAUUUUGCUAGCACUCAGAGCUUAUCAUUUGGUGUCAAGUCCUCUGUAAAACUUGUAUUGUUGGAUGAAGCAGAUGCCAUGACAAAGGAUGCCCAAUUUGCAUUACGUAGAGUGAUUGAGAAAUAUACAAAAAGCACUAGGUUUGCACUUAUCUGUAAUCAUGUAAACAAGAUUAUUCCUGCACUUCAAUCAAGAUGCACUCGGUUUCGGUUUGCCCCUCUUGAUGCCGUCCAUGUCACUGAAAGACUGAAACAUGUUAUUAAGGCUGAAGGGCUUGAUGUUGAAGACAGUGGCUUAGCAGCUCUUGUUCGGCUUAGCAAUGGUGAUAUGAGAAAGGCUUUGAAUAUUCUUCAGUCAACACAUAUGGCUUCUCAGCAGAUAACAGAAGAAACUGUUUACCUGUGCACUGGAAAUCCAUUGCCCAAAGACAUUGAGCAAAUAUCUUACUGGCUUCUAAAUGAACAAUUUGCAGAUAGCUUUAAAAGAAUAGAUGAAAUGAAGACAAGGAAAGGGUUGGCCCUGGUUGAUAUUGUCAGAGAAGUGACAUUGUUUGUUUUUAAGAUUAAGAUGCCUUCAGCUGUUCGAGUACAGUUGAUGAAUGAUUUAGCGGAUAUAGAGUACAGAUUAAGUUUUGGGUGCAACGAUAAGCUUCAGCUCGGAUCGGUUAUUGCUUCUUUUUCACGUGCUAGAUCUGCACUGGUUGCGGCUGCUACAUAGCCUACUUCUGAAAAUUUGCUUUCACAUACUACUAGGCCUGGCUUGUCACUACUGAGAAUGGGAUUGAGAGGAUCUCAGUUUGUGUAAAGAUAGUAACUGUGUUAAUCUUUUUUAACUUAAGAUGAAUUUUAAACUUUCAAGUACCUUUACAAAAUUCUGAAGUAGGGACAUCUUCCGUUUUAAAAUUUACUGCUGCUAGUUUAGAUGACACCAUUAGGUUUGAAAGUUAAGAUCAAUUAGCCAUUUUGAUAUCAAUACAAUGAAAACCCUUGGAAUGCAUUAAAUUUUGCAUGGAAAAGGUGAGGUGUUUCCA